AUGAAUGGCCGCUUGGAAGCUGUACAACUACUGAUCGAGAGCGGUGCAGACAUCAAUGCACUCAGUCUGGAUCCAGAAUCCUUUACCCCGGCAAUGUUUGCUGCAUUACAGGGACAUGCAGAGGUACUACGGGUCCUGCUAUCGCACGGAGCAGAUUACAAACCAGAUUUCGAAGUUGAAUGGGCAGAUGGUGACACGAUCCUCGGUAUGACCUUGACGAAAGGCCAUGUCGCUACAGCCAAGAUCCUGUUAGAAGCCAUUGGUGGACCCGACUACCCAAAGGAUAGCGUCGCACUCCAAAUGGCCACUGCGCAAUCCAAGGUAGAACUGGUACCAGUGAUGCAGGCCAUUUCUAUCAUGUACCAACAGAUCUCUCAUUCAGCCGGCGGUAAGAACCUGGGUUGGAUCAAAUGGAUCUUGGAUUCAGGCGGAGAGCUCGUCAGGCCAAAAGCCAUCCGCAAUAUGCUAUAUGCUGCACUAGCCAACAAGGAUGUCGGUAUAACUGCAGAGCUACUCAGACUAGGAGCCGAUCCAAAUAUCUUCGGGUUCAUGGGCUACACACCACUCCACGUCGCAGUCGGCGGGCUAUUUUGCAACCUGGAACUGGUCGAAGUCCUUCUCAAAGCUGGUGCUGACCCGGCUAAGCUCUCGCAAAAUCCCACCAUAGCAUCAAGGGUCACGCCACUACAUCGUGCCAUCUUGGGAUUCGUAAACGGUUGCCCAGAGAAAAUGGCUGUCGUCGAUCUUCUGUUAGCGAGUGGUCGAUGUAAGGUGAUGAAAGGACCAGACGCUCAAUCUAGUGCCUUUCAGAGUGUAGUAAGCGCGUUCGAUGGUGGGAGUGCCGAGAUUGCCAAAAGCCUAGCGUUCCGGAUGCUGGAUUCCAUAUCUGACUUGAACGACGACAAGGCUGACGACGGGUCUACGUUGUUGCACGUCGCUGUCCACUGCAACCAGAAUGAGCUCAUCGAUGCAUUGAGACGCAAAGGCGCCGACAUCAACGCGAAGAACAGCGACGGCAUGUCACCUCUGCUCAUUGCGUGCGGCAUGAAUGUGGAGCUGGUUAACUUUCUGGUUACACGCUGCGCAGACGUAUGUGCUGUCAACAAGAAGGGGCAGGGAGCCUUGCAAAUCGCCGCUGCGUGUGGGCAAGUCAAAGUGCUCAGGUUUCUCCUUGAUCUGGAUCUCGCCGAUGAAGAGCCACUGAACAUCAACGCUGUAGACGAUGCAAGCUACACCCCAUUGAUCGCAGCCAUAGUGGAAGGUCAUAAAGACGCAGCUGUUUUCUUACUGGGGAAAGGUGCCUCUGUCCGACCACGCACGACUGACAAAGGACGAUUUGCCUUGCAUUACGCAGCACAGGCCAGUAUGAAACGUGUUGUGGACGUCAUGUUAAAGUUUCUCUGCAAAGACAUUAUUAAUAUAGAAGAUCAUGGGGGAUAUACACCCCUAGCUCUUGCAUGCAUGGCAGAUACCCCCACCGUCGUUCUCACCUUGCUCUCCUACGGCGCAGACCCAAACGUCAUCUGCGGAAACACCGGCGACCGCCCUCUUCACAUCGCGCUCAAACGACCCCUACACAUGGAUCGCUGUGCAGACAGGGAAAGUAGUCCAUCACUGGACCUGCUCAAGCAUGCAGACACCGAUAUCAUAGCUCGCGAUGGCAGUGGCCGCAAACCACUGCAUCUCGCAUCCGAGUUUCACAAUCUUGAAGCUACUAAAGUCCUCUUAUCCAAAGGCGUCUCACCAAGCUGUGAAGACAACAAGGCCCGAACGCCACUAUGUCUGUGUUCAAAUCCCUACAUCGCACAAGCGCUCAUAGACCACGGCGCGGAUGUAAACCACGCCGAUAAAGACGGGUGGACACCACUGCAUUACGCUGUGUCGAGGUGUUGGGUCAAGGCUUUUGCAGUGCUGAGACAGGCAGGCGCUGAUAUGGAGGUGAGGACCCGAGAUGAUGGGCUUAGUGUCAAGGAGAGGUUGGACACGUUUGGAUCGUGGCAGGACUGGGUGAAUACGGAAAGGGAAAUGGUGUGUGAUGAUGCGCAGAGGGAGAAGAUUAGGGAAUUUGACAUAAGGGCUGAGAUGGGGAUGAAAGUAGAUAGGUAUUGA